AUGUCUCAUUCACAUGACAAUCAUCAUCUUGAGUUUACCAACAACAACGGAGAACGUAUCUUUCCACGUAAUGAGGACAUUCAUGAAAUGUUCCUAUCCGAUAAUACUAAUACCACCAUGAUGAUCCAAGCUCAACCCACGAAAAAGAAUAAGGGAGAUCAAAAUGUCACACAUAAGACUCAUCUUUUUCAUUUAGCGGACGAGCUUAUUUCUUCAAUAUUUUACUAUUGCAACACAUUUGAAAUAUUGUCAAUUGUACAACUUGUGUGCAAACAAUUCUUUCGACUUGUCAAUCAAGAUAGUAGUCAGUUAUGGGCUGUCAUAGGAUUUGAAAUGCCAUUGAAUUCACAAAUUGUACUCACAGAUGAAACUUUCAACAAACUCUUUCUUAAAAAGAGAAAUCCGCAAGUUUGGAGUAAGGUUGUGCUUUGCAACCAAAAUUUUCUCUCAAAAUGCUUCUUUGAGCACCUCUUCAUGACAUGCAUUGCAUUGGAGCGUGUGGUCAUUCGAGAAUGUAGCCAGUUUCACGAGUCCUCAAUUCCAAUUCUUCUCAACAUGGCUCCAUCAUUGAAACAGUUAGAAGUGCAGUCAUGUACCUCUGUAUCUUCGUUCACAACUGGAUUUAGAACCGCAAUAUCAACAGACUUACCAACAAACAAGUUUUCGUGGUCACCACAAAGUAAGAAGCCCCUUUUACUAACGAAUCUUUGUUUGACAAGUUUCAAAUCUACAGAUGCACUUGUACAGCUAAUAUCAGAUAAUUACAUGCCACAUUUGAAAGAGUUGAAAAUUGCAAGACCACCUGCUCGUUCCAUUAAUUUGAGUCAUAUAAGCUCCAUGACUAACAAAUUGUCUGAGCUAGAGUAUUUGGAAAUUACCUUUCCUCUAUUUUUCCAUGAUUUUACACAAACGAAUCGUCACGAUAGCAAUAACUCGAGUGUCAUUGUUGAUAAUUUGAUUCAGGCAUUGCUCUUCAAAAAGGUUCCAUUGAUUCGCCUUUCAUUAGAAGGAGUUGUAUGCUCCAUCAAGACGUUCAUUAACAUCUUUUCACGUGGAUUUGAAUUGCAACACUUGACACUUGAUUUACACACAACUCCUCCAAAGAACGAGAAGGAACACAUUUCACUUUCACAGCAAGAAGAGUUUUUCAAAUCGUUGGGUAGACUUCAAACUUUACGACUUCAUGUAGAUGACAAGCGUAGACUUCAUUCUCACAAUAACCAUCUAAUUGUCAAGUAUUGUUUAGCAGGUUCCGAUUUACGAAUUGUGGAGUUGUGUAAGAUUAGCCUCACUGAAUAUUCGUCCCUCAUUCAAUGCUUUGACUUGCCAAAGCCAAAUCUUACAGUGCUCAAAUUGGUUGGGACAUUUAUUCCAUCCAGUAUCUUGUUGCAAGUUCUUAAGCAAUGUCCUCAUUUGGUACAAUUAGUAGUUUCCAACAAAUCUCAUGAGUUUUUAAUGCUAGAUCGAAAUGGAGUCGAUGAUGACGAAGAGGAAACACCUUUCUUAGGAGAUGGCGAGAAUUCUGUUUGGAGUGCUCAUUCUUCUAACAUUUCGAGCAACUCUGGAAGUGCUUCGACGAAUAGUCUCCACAAUUUGAAUGCCAGAUCUGGAACAGAUAUGACUGAUGGAGAAUUGGCGCAAGUAGUUGCAUAUUGUCCAAACUUGGAAUACAUGUCAUUGAAGAGUGAUCAUUUGACAGGCUCAUUUGUGUCUCAUCUUCAACAUGCUCCACUUCUUUAUCACCUAACAAUCACCUCUAGAAAAUUGAAAUUUUAUGAAUUGGACAAUAUUUCAAACAUUAGAUUACCUCUCAUAAGAAGUUUAAUUAUUAGAAGCAAGUCCAUUAUUGAUGAGGAUGUUAAAGUUUUAUGUUGCAUAUUCAACUCGUUAUCUGCCCUCUCCUUGGAUAGUACACAAAUAUCGAGCAUGUUGUUUUAUCAUGUGGCCAAGUUUGGAAGUACCCUUGUUACUCUUAACAUUUAUUCAUCACUCGUACUCACUGUGCCUAUGGUUCUUUUGAGAAGUCAAAGCUCAAGUUUGAGAAAUAUUUACAUUCAUCGUUGGAAAGAACUACCUUUAAGAAUGUAUCAAAUGUUGCAACUUGCAUUUCCCAAAUAUCAACACAAGAGGAACAUUUUCAUCUCAAAUAAUGAGUCACUUAGUUUUAUGGAACAACAUGCAAUUAUGAAGUUCAUUGCAAGUGUUAUUGAUGAAACGUUUAGUGAGGAAAAGAAAAGUGUCAUCAUGAAAGACAGCAAAUUACUUGACCAAAUGUAUGACAUUGCUUCAAAAAUAUUAUCACUCGAAAUUAUCCUUGAAAAUGCAAUUGAAUUUGAAGAUGAAACUCAAAAGAUGAAUUUAAUUAAUGAGCUCAAAGCUCCUCUCAAUUUUCUGAGCACAUUGUUUGAGAGUUUUAAUUUAUAUCAAGAUCAUAGCUAUCAAGAACGAUUGCAACAUUUUCUCAGGAGCUUUUUGGAACUGCCUUUCAAAGAAAUUGAAGAACAAAUCAAAUACUCAUUCCAUACUAAAUAA